AUGGUUCAAGAAGAUGAAAUAGCAACAUUUCUAGAACCUCUUGAAAUAAGUAAGAAACAAUUUGUGUUCUUUGCACUAAAUGACAAUGAUACGCCAGACAUGGCCGGUGGCUCACACUGGAGUCUUCUAGUUUAUUCAAAACCUGAAGCCUGUUUUUACCAUUUGGAUUCUUCAUAUGUGAGCAAUCAUAAAGCUGCCUGGGAACUUGCUAGUCAUCUGAUACCUUAUCUAUCUAAGGGUAACAUCAAUUUUGUAACGAAAGAUUGUUUGCAACAGAGCAAUGGUUAUGACUGUGGAGUCUAUGUCCUAUGCAAUGCUGAGCGUCUCGCUCACCAUGCACAUCUAACAGGACAGAUAGCCAGCUGUGAAAUGCUUGACAAGAUCAGCCCCUCCGCUAAAAGGAAAGAAAUAUUAAAUCUCAUCUACAGCCUCUCUGACUCCUAA